AUGUUCAAACAUGGAUCCACCAUUCCCUUGGCAAGACACUUCACGGGCAUAGAAAUGCCGAGACAGAGGUCGAGAGGCCGUGUCUGCAAGAACCAUCCCCCUUCCUCACUGUUCAGUGGAGCACCACCCACUCUCGAUGACUUCAUGGGGAAGGGCAUUUCGAAGAAUACAACGAACAGCGUUCCCGAAAGUCUCAUGUAUGACUUUAAGCGCAGCCAAUCCACGGGGAUGGAACGCAUCGAGAAGGUCAUCUCUGGGUGGAUCAUGCAGCAAGGCGACGACAAUCACUCUGUCUGGAGACUGUGUGAUGUCACUGCGGAGUUCCUAGCCCGCAUGGAGAUCACUGACAACAUGGACAACAUGGCGGAGCACUCAUCCACCGCGGCGGACAGGCAGUUACUUCGGAACGCCUUGAAAGAGGAGCUGGAGCCUUUCAUCGAGGGACUGCAGAGUGUCACUGCGUCAAAGAACGCCAAGAAGAGCUGGUGGGAGAGCUCGAGGUGGCGCAGUCAAUCGAAGCAGGAGAUUGCGCUACGAAAGGCUGCAGGCCUAGAUGGAAGGGCGGCGUCGCUCGCCAAAGUGCUGGAAGGCAUGAGCAGGAGCGUAGGCCGUGUCACGCCGCUCGGACGAUGCAGUGCUCAAGAAGGCAGAUCUAGAGGGAAGAGCAGGGUCACCCCACAAGGGGCUUCACGACAUGACUAUGGUCAUUCGGUAUCUGCGCUAUACAGGCUUGCCACGUGGGAUUCUGCCAUGAGUGCAAGUCGACCUUAUCCGGUGCGGCGAGACUCCCAAGAUGAGCGCACAGUAUAUGCUUACAGGUGA